AAUCUUAAUAAUCAUUGUUAAGUAUUGCUCCAUCAAUUAAUUGAUAAUUUUUAUGCUGCAUCCACAUGUUUGGUACUUUAGCCAACUCUAACCUUUUCACUUCAGGUGGAGCCAUGUAACUGUAUCAGUGCAACUGUAUCUUUAGAUGCAGUGUCAACUCAACAUUCAAAUAAAACACUUAAUCUUAAAGGCUGCUCUUUUAAUGCCUUAUUUUUGUUAUUAAAUGGUUAUUGAAUUAUAUGAAUCAAUAGAUCAUCAUGUCUUCAGUAAUCAUGAUGCCCUUUCACUUAUAAUGCCUUCUAUCCAUUUUCAUAGUGGCCUUUCUUAGUGAAAACCUGUUAUUUAUGGAUCUUCUGGUUCGAGUAUCUUUUGGCUUUUUUCCAUUGUCCAAUGUUUUUUAAUGUGUACAUCAAAUUAUAACACAAAAUCAACAAUUAUUUUCUUGUUUACUAGUUCGUGUAAAUCUUUUAAUAUUUUCAAGUGUAAAAAUUAUACUCACGGACCAUAAAAUGGUAACUCAACAAGGAACCAUUUUCAAAAAGUCAUCAUACGAUCAAGCUAGCAGUUUAUCAAAAUUAUUUUUCUACUGGCUGCUUAGUUUUUAUCUGGAAUUCCAAAAGAAGCGAAUAAAAACAAAUGAUCUUGAGCAAUGUCCAAAGUAUGAUCAAUCAGAAAGGAUCGGAGAGAAACUUGAGGAGCAAUGGAACGAAGAGCUUAAAAAAUUGAAGACUGGUGGUCGACCUAGCCUAGGAUGGGCAAUAAUCAGAACAAUUGGUUGGCAUUACUCAUUCACCUUUAUUCUGCUUUUCAGUUCGAGUAUGGCCCGUCUAGCACAGACUGUUUGCAUGGGUUACCUGAUAGAGGCGUUGUACCAAUAUAAUAUGGAAAAAGAUCAUUCAUACGAAAUUCGCCGGAAUAUUUAUCUAACCGCUGCUGGUGUUGUUGGUACACAAUUUUUUCAUCCUUACGUUUCCAAUAUGUACUGGUUUUUAGCGCGUAAAUGUGGCAUUGAUAUAAGAGUCGCUUGUAGUCGUUUAAUUUAUCAAAAAUCUUUACGUUUAUCUCAAGCAUCUCUUGGAGAAACAACUGUUGGUCAGAUAGUUAAUUUACUUUCAAGUGAUGUUUCACGUUUCGAUCUUGCUUCAGAGUUUCCCUUCUUUUUGAUUCAAGGCCCUCUUGAAGUCAUUAUUUGUAUAAUCAUUUUAUGGCCAAUGCUUAAUAUUUCAGCUAUAAUUGGACUUUUAGUCCUUUUCUUAUACAUCCCGUUUCAAACACUAAUGGGCAAAGCUUUUGGAGCUCUUCGAGAAAAAGGCGCAUUCCUAACUGACGAUCGUAUUCGAUUAAUGAAUGAAUUCAUUCCAGCCAUGAGAGUUAUCAAGAUGUAUGCAUGGGAAAAGCCUUUGACAUUAUUGGUUGAUUCUGCUCGUAAACGAGAAGUAUCAAAGAUUCGCUGUGCAGCCUAUCUAAGAGGUCUAAAUCUUGGUCUCGGAACAAUCGCUGAAAAAUUGAUUAUGUUCUUAACUCUUGUAUCGUUUGUACUGUUUGGUAAUCAAUUAAGUGCUCGAACCGUGUUCGUUGCAAUGUCUCUUAUAAGACAGCUUCAAAAUACAAUUACACUCUUCAUUCCGCUAGGAAUCUCCACUGGAGCUGAAUCCUUAAUCGCUAUCAAACGAAUAAGAGACUUUCUACUUUUGCCUGAAUGUGAAUCAUCUGGUAACCUGAGUAGAGGUCUUGGCGGGGCUGGUAUUAAGAAGUCAAAAGUUUCUUAUACCGAUGUAACACUAUCGUGGCGUGAUGACAAAGAGCCAUUAUUGAAAAAUAUUUCCUUUGAUGCAUCACCAGGAAAAUUGAUUGCCAUUGUUGGUCCUGUAGGAUCUGGUAAAUCAUCAAUAUUGAUGUCAAUUUUAGGCGAAAUCACCGCAAAAGCUGGUAAAGCUGAGGUACUUGGUUCAGUAUCUUAUGCUUGUCAACAAUCAUGGAUAUUCGCAGGAACCGUUAGAGAUAACAUUUUAUUUGGAAAUGAGUUUGAAGCAUCAAGAUACAAGCGAGUAAUUUUUGUCUCUGCUUUGGAACGAGAUUUACAAAUUCUUCCAUCUGGUGAUCAAACUAUUGUUGGUGAUCGUGGUGCAUCACUCAGUGGAGGUCAAAAAGCACGAAUAAACUUGGCGCGAGCUCUUUACGCUAGAGCUGAUAUUUACCUUUUAGACGAUCCAUUGUCUGCUGUUGACGCUCCUGUUGCCAAACAUAUUUUUGAAAACAGUAUCAAAGACUUUUUAUCAAACAAAAUAGCCAUUUUAGUUACUCAUCAAUUGCAAUUCAUGAAAUCCGCUGAUUCUAUUUUACUUAUACGUAAUGGUGAACAAGUUUGUUUUGGUGAUUAUAUGGAGUUGCUAAAUAAAGGCUCAGAUUUCAUCAAAUACAGUCAAGUUCUGGAAGUAGAGCACAAAGUUUCAGAGACUCCUGACAAGACUCCCAAGAUUAUCGGCUUAUCUUCAUCAAUAUCCAAUCUUCGACCAAGAGCAUCAUCUCUUAUUAAACCAGAUGUUUGUGGCAGUACAGCCUCAGUUUGUACUGAAAGCAGUCUCUGUUACUCAGAUGAGUUAUCGAAAGUUGAAAAUUUACCUAUUGAAGCUGAUGAAGAUGGUCCAGGUGUCCACGAAUUGGCAGGUAUCAAAGUCAGCAAGCAUCUUUUAUGGACGUAUAUUUGUGCUGGAAUUAGUCUGAUCCUUUUCCCAUUUUGGGUGCUUUAUAUAUUGGGAGCUGGGCUUCUAAUUAGUUUUGUUGAAUACUAUUUUUCACUUUGGGCUGAUUCUGCCGAGAGAAAAGGUCGUUUCCUUGCUGAACAAACAGCUCAACCCAAUGCUACUUUUGAGCAUACAAAUUUUGUUGAUGAUUUGUCACAAAAUGAUAAUAUCGUCUUCUUUUCUUGUAUAACUGUUGUUUUAUUUUGUUGGUGCUGUACACGAAAUUUUGCAUUCUUUGCGGUGUGUAUGCGAGCAUCAAUCAAGUUACAUAAUCGUCUUUUUCAUGCCAUUGUACGUGCACCGAUCUCAUUUUUUGACAAUAAUCCUCCUGGAAUCGUAUUGAAUCGAGUUUCUCGGGAUAUGGGAAUGGUUGAUGACUUUUUACCACCCACACUAUAUGACACUGUUAUCAUUUUGAGCAACAAUUGUGCCUCGUUAAUUCUUAUGGCUUUUAUCAGUCCAUAUUUAAUCGCUCCUGCCGUUAUUUUAUUAUUAUGCUGCUUCUACUUCAGAUCGCGAUAUGUCAAUAUCGCCCGAGAUGUUAAACGCCUUGAAGGAGUAACUAAAACUCCUGUUUUUAAUCAUCUUUCAUCAUCAUUGUAUGGUCUUACGACAAUACGAGCUUUUAGAGUACAAGAAAGAUUCAAUGAAACCUUUGAUUUAUAUCAAGAUGAACAUACCUCUGCAUAUUUUACAUGGAUCGCCUCAUCUCGCUUUUUCAUUACACUCAUCAACACAAUGUCUUUUAUUUUUACUGGUUUGGUUGUCCUUACAUGUCUACUUGCCAUUGACUCACUAAACGGAAGCUCAGUUGGACUUGUUAUUGUUUCUGCUAUUGGAUUAUCUUCUGGUUUCCAAUGGGGUAUGAGACAAUUGACUGAGGUUGAAACUAUGAUGACUUCAGUUGAACGUAUCGAGGAGUUGCGUUUCAUUCCUCCAGAGGCAGAAUUAGAAGCACCUCUUUCCCGUAAACCUCCAGCCGAUUGGCCUAAACAGGGUCGAAUAACGUUUUUGAAUGUAAAUUUACGCUACGAUUCGGAGAAACCUCCUGUUUUAAAAGAUCUCAAUUUUAAAAUCGAAGCUAAAGAUAAGGUUGGAAUUGUUGGUAGAACUGGUGCUGGUAAAAGUUCAAUCAUGACAGCUUUAUUCAGAAUGUUUGAACCAGAAGGUCACAUUAUUAUUGAUGGAAUUGAUAUAAAUACAAUUGGUUUACACGAUUUACGACGAAAAAUAUCUAUUAUUCCUCAAGAACCAAUCAUAUUUACUGGAACUCUCAGAUACAACUUGGACCCAUUCAAUGUUAAAAAUGAUACUGAAAUAUGGGAAGCUUUGGAUCAAGCGCAAUUAAAGAAAGCUGCUAAUUCAAUGGGAGGACUUGAUUCAGUGCUAACUGAUGGAGGAACCAAUUUAAGUGUUGGUCAACGUCAACUUGUGUGUCUUGCUCGAGCUAUUUUGGCCAAUAAUAAAAUAUUGGUUCUUGACGAGGCAACAGCAAACAUUGAUCCGACAACCGAUGAAUUGAUUCAACAAACAAUACGAAAAAGAUUUGCCGAUUGUACAGUAUUAACAAUAGCUCAUAGAAUACAAACAAUUAUUGAUUCAGAUAAAAUACUAGUUAUGGAUGCUGGUAAAGUAGUUCAAUUUGGUGAUCCAGCAUCAUUAGUGGAAGAUACAGAGGGUAUAUUUUACUCAAUGGUUCAAGCAACUGGCAAAGAUUCAGCUGAUAAUCUCAUCAAAACAGCUAAACGAACUAAAUUAAAUAAAAAUGAAGAAAUCGAAGAUAAAUCCCGCGUAUAAUUUGAAAGGAAGAGCCCACAUUUUCAAACUGAAUUAGAUAAAUUUUAAUCGCAAUUACUCCACAUAAGUCUAUGCAUUUGAAUCCAAGAUUCCAAGGUUUAAAAUCGUCUUGUCUAUAGAUAGCCAAGGAAAAUUCAUUCGCAUGAUGUAUUAAAAUACCUUUAGCAAGUUAAUUUAAAGCCAAGACUUACCCAAGAUUAUUCAUCUAAAAAUACUUUUGUAAAUUUUGUAUUAAUGCCUUAUAAUUCUCAUAAUUCACAUUGUUUACCAUUACUAAGGAUUUCAAAGCUUAGUCUUUCCUUUUUUUCCUAAAAAGAUAUUCUAUUCUAAGUCCCUUUCGUAAUUUAAAGCAUGAAACCAAACUGAAUUUGUGCAAUUAAUUGUCUAGUAUUUCUCCGAUAAUUUGGUUAUUAUCUAGACCUUAAGUCUAAGUCUUUUUUCUAAAUUUUGUAAACAUUAAUCAAAUUGAACACAGGAAGUUGAUUGCAAUCUUGCCGAGAAUGUCAUUUGAAAGGAAGAGUUUUAAUUUUCAAACUGAAUUGAAUUUUAAUCAAAAUUUACUUUUAGAACCAAACUUUAAAUUACUCUAGUAAGUUUAUAUUUGAAAUUUAAGAUUUUAAUUUUCUACCAAAUUGUUACAUUUGAUAAUUUUUAUAUUUGUUGUUGCUAUGUUUUGUUUGCAAUAAAAAACGAUCGAUUUAA